AUGCAUGAAACACUUUGGGAUACAGCGAAUACAUCUCAAAGACGUUUAACAUCUCUUGUCUCAUCUAGAUUCCGUUUAGGGUCUAGUAAUCCAGUGGAGUCAAGAUUGACGACGGCAACAACAACGACAACAACACCAGUGGCAGCAGCAUUAUCAACAACAACAACAAAUAAUGUAUCAUCCGGGAAUUCACCUAAUCCACAAAAACGUUUAUCCACGACAACGCUGAUUACAUCUGCAUCAGUGGAUAUUGGAUCUACAACAGGCUUUGGGGAAUAUGCUUUUGAUAAGGUGAAAUGGUGUGAUUUUCGAGAAUUAGUCAAAUUAUUAAGUACAUUUCAGGUGUAUGUUCUACGCGCCUGGUUAAGAUUCUCUGACAUUCCUGUUGAAACAAUCAUUGGUCCUCAGUUGGAGAGUGCGAAAAAUUCUUUACAACAUUCUGGCACUAUUUUAUCAUCUGUUAAAAACUGUGAUCCUAAUUCUACGCAAAAGUCGCUUGUUCGAUCUAAUCGUGGAGAUACAAAUAAUAAAUCUAACCUCACUACUACCAAUAAUGGAUACACUUCAAAUGAUCAAUACAUAUCAUCAAGUCUUCAAUCAGAUCUAGUAUUACGCAAUCUUGUCGUCAAUAUGAUUAAAUUAAUCAUUGAUUGUUUUCAUCGUGAAAAAUGUGAAAAAUUGAAUAAUUUAUUAGAUCAAGAAAGAUGGCAAGCAGCUACAUACGAAAAUAAAGCAAAAUUACAGAAUGAAACAGUUAGAACACAGAAUCAUCUUUUUCUAAAUGGGGAACAAUAUAUUAUUGUUGGUACUGUUGUUCUCUUAUUGCCAAUGAUUAAUGCAUAUAUUAAAUUGGAUGAGAAAUUACCGUGUCAACCAUUGGCUACAGAAUUUGUUUUAGAUCGGUUAACUGAUCUACUCAAUCAUUUCAAUUCGCGUACAUGUCAACUUGUACUCGGUGCUGAAGCAUGUGAAAAAGUUGAUCUUCAAAGGAUAUCAGCUAAAAAUCUCGCCUUAACUUUACGUAGUCUACAGUUGAUUAUCAACUUUUUACCGUGUAUAAGAUUAUCACUAGAAAGAAUUUCAAAACUCGAUUUUAGGAAGAUAUCAGUAAAUGAAGACAAUUUUCUGCUGACUUCAUUAUAUCAAAGCAAUCAAGGAUUGAGUCGUAAUACAGUGAAUGGUCUUGAUCAUAUUGAAAUACUGUUGAAAGAGCAUAUUGAAAAUUUACUACAGAAGCUAGUUGAACUGUUAUCUGAUCCAAUCGGUCCAACUUUAUCAACAUGGUAUGGUCGACCUCCGAUACCAAGUAAAGAAAUGAAUGAAAUAUGUCGUAAUUUAUCUAAAUUAACUGGUAUGACUGGUCAUGUUUUACCGGCAAAAAUACUCACUUCGAUUCUGUUACGCGUGCAUAAUGAGUUAAAAGUUCACUUACGUCAUCGUAUCAGUGAACUUGGCAUAAUUGCUGAUGGUGGACCUCAACAAAGCCUGGUCGAUUCAGAGAUGCUUCAUUAUAUUGAUCAUUUACAAUCGCUUACACCACAGUUGAAUAAAUUUGUCGAUGAUUGUUCUGAUAUUUGGCCUUCAUAUGGUGAGUAA